UCGGGCUGCCCAGCAGCAAUUACAAGCUUUUGACCACAAAGGCAAGCAACGCGCCGGCGAACUUGCAGAAGUCCUCGAGACAGCAAAUGUCCUUUUUGAGCGAGGGAGUUAAAGAUACACCCGAAGCUAUUCUAGAUUCCCAUGUAGUGCUCACAAUUUCCUCAAAGUCAGCGCAAUUGACCCGUCAACUGAAAUUUAGCUCGGGAGUGUUUGAUUUCAAUGAAUAUGUAUCAAGACUGGUUACGUUCAUGGAUGGGCGAAGGCUUGAACUUGAAUCCGUGGAACACAUAUCUGACAACGAAGAUGACCCGGAAAUGGUCGAGCCCUUGAAGUGGGAACGGAUAGGGAAAUUAGCUUUGAGAAAGACUAGGCGUAUUCCGGCUGUUGGUUUUAUGUUAGUCCUUUGUUCGCGGUUUGCUAAACUCGUACAACUAUGUUCAUCCUGCAGGUCAGGUCCUAUCUCGCUUGAAAAACCCCGAACCCGGACUAAGAGUGCUAGAUUCAAGAAGGAUAAGACUGACGAACGAAAACCUCAGGCAGUCACUGCCGAAGAUUUACAAAGAUCCACGAAUGAGACAACGAGGAACGUUAUCACAAUACAUGCAAUCUUGGAAAACAUUGGGCCUACAAAUCUAUUCCACCUCAUCAUCAAUCCCGUCAGUUUCGCCCAAUCAGUUGAAAAUUUAUUCUAUCUAUCGUUCCUUAUUAAGGAAGGAAAAGUUGGACUUUCCUUCGAAGAAGACAAAGAACCGAUUGUACAUAUUGUAUUAGACGAAGAUUCCGAUCAGCCUCAAACCCGAACGUAUGAAAAUCAAUCUCAAAGUCGUCAAUUGGUAUUCGAGCUGGAUAUGGCUACUUGGAAGCAUGCUAUCGAAGUAUUUGGGAUUUCAGAGUCUGUAAUUCCACAUCGAGAGCCGUAUCAGAACAGGAUGGGUAGGAAGUGGUAGGGAUAAAAACGACUGGGACCGCCGCGUUGAGCAAUGAAAGAGCUUCAAGUUUAUUCUCAAAACAAGCUAAUGUACUGGCUCCUUGAUGUCUGAUACU